ACUUCUACUGGUGGUAGGUGGCAAGACAUGUCUUUUGCUCAGGAGAGGCAAGGUAGUGGCAGGCGUAAAGGAUAUGGUGCUAGUGGUGGAAGAACAUUGGCUUUUGGUCAAGCUGCUGGAGGAAGCUAUCGGUUUGGUCAGUUGCGAGGAGUAGGUGGGUAUUUUGGGAGGAUUGCUCCAUCAAUUAAAAGUUCCCAUAUGGAUGCUUCAAGUCGCAUGGUCAGUCUUAACCAUGGGGUGCGUGCUUAAAUAAUCAUAGUAGCAAAUGACUGGAAGAGGUGACUAAUUUUUAGGGAAUUUUGGUUUUGUUUCUAAAAUUGUAGUAGACCAGACCAUAUCUUUUGUCUUGAAAUGUUUCUAAUCUAUUUAUUGAUCUCCAGAAUUUUUGAAUGUAGUACUUUCAAUAAUGGAUACUUAACCUU